GGAAAGGGGGAGGGACUGGAGGGGAAACGGCGGGGAAGAGGGACAGGAGAUGGGGGCCGGGCUUCGGAGGGAAGGCGUCCCGGGGCCGCCAGCACCGCCUUCCCGUCCCCGCGACCCUCGCCCUCCUGACUCUGAGAAGCCGCGUCCCUCCACCCGCGCCUGGUGCCUCAGCUCUCGGCUCAAAGUGCCUUCUCCGGGGAGAGCCCGGCCAAGCCCGCGCCUCCCGCGAGGGUUCCCGCGUCUGCACCUGUUCGCUGGGCGCCCCGCACGUGAGCGCCACGAGGGCACCGCGGCCACGCCUCCGUCCGCGCACACGCGGCGCCAGCCCGGAGCCUGCGCCCUUCGGGCCGGCGCCCACCCUCCGCGCCGAACACGCCCCGGAAGAGCUGCGUCGGGCCGGGGAGGCGGGGAGCGAGCCGCGCGGAGCCCGGGCGCCGGAAGCGCAGGUUCCCGCGGGCCCAGAGGCAGCCGCGCCCGCGGAGGCCGCCGGGAAGCGCGGCGGGAGCGAGCGCGGCCGGCCGCUCGGGGCCAGUGCGCGUGCGCGGCCUCCUCCCGCGCUGGGAACAUGGCCGCGCGGUGCCUGUGGGCGGCCCGAGGGCGGGUGCGGCCCCUCCUGGCGGCGAGGGCCGCGUCCGACGGCAGGGCACGGCCGCUGCCUUUCAGCACCGCCACCCAGAGGACGGCCGGCGAGGACUGCGGCUCUGAGGACCCGCCGCUGCGCACAGAGCGAGCCUUGAAGCUGAGAGCCGUUAAACUCGAGAAGGAAGUCCAGGACUUGACCGUCAGGUACCAGAGAGCUGUAGCUGAUGGCGAAAACAUACGAAGGCGAACCCAGAGAUGUGUGGAAGACGCCAAGAUAUUUGGUGAGAGGUUUAUUCAUAAUAAAGGUAUCUGUGAGCUUAAGGGCACUUGCUCGCCAUGCUGCACACUGCUUAGCAAAACACCCACGCCCUACCCUUCCUGGAUCCCCACAGGCUCUCCUCUGGUCCUGCUCUCUUGGAAUGUGGUCAAGUGAACCAUUUGCUCAAAUGACGCUUGCGUGUCUGUUCACCAGACCUCUGUGAUUUUAGUUUUCAAGCCUCUGUGGUGAACAUUCCAGUGCUUAUACAGGCAGUUCUGUUUAACUCACUAAUUAACAAGUGAGUCAUGAAAAUGUUCCGAGGCGAAUCCAAAAAGCAGAUACACAGGCCGUCAGAAAUGCUGAAAUUUGCUUCAGGCACGCAGAACUGGUCUAUAUGCAUAGUGCGAUGAUCAGCAGUGUCCCCACCAAUUUUCACAACUGCCGACAAAAGUCCUUUGCAUCACCCUCAGCCGUCCCAGCUUGCUGCGGUGUGAGUCAAAGGCUCGGACCACUUGGAAUCCGACAGCCCUGAAAGCUGUCCUGGGUCAAAUCUGUUUUUGCAGUCGUGACAUUGAAUAAGCUUUUGGCCCAUUUCCAAGCCUUUGAGAAAUUUCUCCCCGAAUGUAGCACGUCUCGUUCCGGAUUUGCUCGUGACGAUGCUAGCUGAGUAAGGGGUUCACGCGUGAAGGGCACAUGUGAUGACUUUUGCUGUGCCUGCAGUUUUUGGUUUUUUUUUUUUUUUUUUUUUUCAUUUUUUUUAUUACUCCAAUGAAUUGAUCACAUCUGUAGUUGCAUAAUGAUGAUCACAAUCUGGUUUCACCGGAUUCCCAUCCCACAGCCCAAGCACGCGCCUGCAGUUGCAUGGCGUGCAGCGUUACAGGUUUUCCGUAUUGGACUUUGCUUUGGUGCCUGAGAACCUUUCUGAACGCGGUAUGCAGUCUUACCUAGUUCUUGGCUCUGAACAGCUUCCCCACUUCCCAGAAAGCUUCCAGGUCCUACGUCUCCCAAGAGAAAUGCUGGCCCAUCGCUUGGGUAGCCCCCUCUCCCGUGUGGGGCUCUUGGCGCGACCUGGGGUUCGCCCUCUCUGGGCCGUGAUUUCCUACCAGCAGUGAGAAUGUCUGGUCUCUCUGUAGGAAUUCAGAGCUUCUGUAAGGACCUGGUGGAGGUGGCCGACCUUCUGGAGAAGACUGCAGGGUGUGCUUCUGAAGAGGCCGAGCCUGGGGACCAGAAGCUCGUUCUAGAGAAGAUCUUCCGAGCGUUGUCGCUUCUGGAAGCAAAGCUGAAGAGUGUGUUUGCCAAACACGGCCUGGAGAAGAUGACCCCCCUUGGUGCCCAGUACGACCCGCACGAGCACGAACUCAUUUGUCACGUGCCCGCCGGCGCUGGGGUGCAGCCGGGCACCGUGGCACUGGUGAGGCAAGAUGGCUACAAACUUCACGGCCGCACCAUUAGACUCGCCCGGGUAGAAGUGGCCGUGGAGUCGCAGAGACGACUCUGAAGCUGCUCUCCCCGAGCACAGCCGCCUGGGAUCCCUUUAUUUAUUUCCCGAGGUUUCUCUGGUACAUGAGGUACUUCAUGUGAUCUGUUCUGGAUUUAGUCAUAUUGGCUUUAUUUCUAAGAUACUCUCUUGAUUUCAUGUGACCUGUUUGGUCUCAUCAGAAGUCUUGCCAUUGGGCAUUUGAACAGUGUGUGAUAAGUGUUCCUGUGGCCUUAUCAAAAUAUGUUUAAGAAAAUUAUCUUAAAAUUGGUACUCGGAUGACUUCCAAUCCAAAAUCUCUUUUAAAGGUGGAAAUGAGUAUAUGUUUAUGUACUUUCAACUAAACAUUCCUUCGAAGGGUCCCUGUAGCAGGACCUGUAUAGGGCCUUGUGUUUGUAGGAAGAGGCGAUGGUGGGAUUGGUUCAUUAUGUGGGUCCCGAAAGAGCAGGCUGCAGAGCUGGAGGAAUUUAGAUCAUUUGGGUUGAUUUUUAUGCACACAGAUUUUCAGGAACUCCCCUUUUGAUUUUAUUUUCCUUUUAGCCAUCUUUUGGCCUUGUAGUUCCCGCCAGGUAGACUUCAGAAUAUCCGUACUCACUGGCCCUUUUCAACUCCCAUUCGCAAAACUAAAGGCCCAGGCAAGACGUGGGGGGGAUGCAACAAGAAAUCAAACAUCCAGAUCCCUUUGGAGCAAGUACGGCCAAGAAGCCCUGAGCUUGCUUGGCUGAGCUGUCGCCAGACCAGCUUCAGCCCUUCUGCUUCUAUAAUCAUUUCAGGGAGAUGGAGGCGGCCCAGCAGCUAAGGCCCUACAUCCGUCUGUGUAGGUCCUUUGCCCCUGACUUCUCCUUAAAUCCCCGGCCAUUUGGUCAGUGUACUUUGUGGUCCUGCAUGAGAUUAUGUGGAGAGGUGGUCGGGACAAAACCAUUAGCUCCCCGAGAUUUCUCAUUGCCAUUUCAUGUGGUUCUGCUGGGUUUGGGAGGUGUUUUGCCUUGGGGGUUUUUUGGAGGGUUGGUAUGACAAUUCACUACCUCUCUGACACUGACAAGCUUUAUUUCCUAGUUUUUGUAUCUGUCUUAUGUCUCGUGUGUAAACAUCUAGCUUCCCUUUUAUGUCUUGACCUCCUAGAGUUAAUGAGCCUAUGAAUGUAUGUUUUAGUUCAGACUUGGUAUUGAUUGUGUCCUGUCAAAGGUUAUUCAAUAACGAGUCAGUGAAUGAAUGACACAUCAAUCAGACAUUAGACAGGAGGUCGUUAGGGAUACUUUGAAGUUAGAAGCAGCGUUAAUGACUGUAUAAUCUCACCCUUUGAGCUCUUCUAAAGUGUGAAAAUAGUCUUUUUAGGACCAGACUCAGAGAAAAAAAAUCUCUAGUAAAUGAAAUGUCAGUACGAAUUUAAGAAACAACUAGAUAUUAACUUCAAUCAUUUAGGAUUCAGAGUUCCCAUUUGGCGCAGCGGAAACAAAUCCGACUAGGAACUAUGAGGUUGCGGGUUCGAUCCCUGGCCUCGCUCAGUGGGUUAAGGAUCGGUGUUGCUGUGAGCUGUGGUGUAGGUUGCAGACCUGGCUCAGAUCCCUCGUUGCUGUGGCUGUGGCGUAGGCCGGCAGCUGGGAGCUCCAAUUAGACCCCUAGCCUGGGAACCUCCAUAUGCCGCGGGUGCGGCCCUAAAAAGCAAAAAAAAAAAAAAGAUUCACAAGUUCUAUAACAAACAUGCAAAUAUGUCCCCAGCAGACAAUUAAAUGUGUUUAGGUGUCCGCAUUACCCAGGGUUAGGUGUCAGUUAGUCACCCAUAAAGUAAGUAAAUCUCUACCUGAACUUCGAGACCCCGCUCCGCGGAGUGGUGAAGGCUGCCCUCCCGGAUGUCCUUGCUGGUUCUGGCGCACUGCACGGACGUGUCAACAAAGUCUGACCGGCUCCAUCAGGUUGAGACACCUUAAAAGAACAAAUACUUGCUUCUAAGAUGCACACAAAAGACGGGAGGUGAGAUUUUAAAACCAGAACCUCUCUGGCACUCCACUGAGUGCGUUCUGUGACCAUAGUGAGCAGUCCGCAUUCACGGUAGGAAGUUGUCUUUCUUUGCCUUCGUUCCUUUGAUAGUGGCAAAUGGUGACCCCCAAAUUGAGCCCACUGUAAUCUCCUGUGUGUUCUCGGGUUACUAGUUAUUACGAGUGAGUGAGAAGAACCGCAACGUUCGGGAUGCAAUGUUCUAAGUACUUGAAGAGUUUUUAAUAUUCCUUCCAGCCUCCUAUUUUAGCAAGCACAUUAAAAAUAAUUUUAGAUUCUUCUAUUAUUCAGUAGUUUUGCAGACUUAAAAGUAUAAUUUAGAAGAUGGAGCUGCAACGGUGAGAAUCUCAAAAAGCUGACGGGCUUGCAGGAGCCAGCGCAGCACAAUAAAGCGAACGCCCUGCAGGCACUGACUCUGCACGACCGUCACUCACUCUGCUGAGCCCACUUCCCUGCCUGUGAAAUGGUUUUAAUCCUCAAGAUAUUGCAAAGAUUAAGUGAAACGUGCCAACUGACUAUUAGAGUAGGCCCUCAAAUAUUUUUUACGACAUUUUAUUAUGCACAUUGUUUUUCUGAUGUUUUUAUUAUUACCUAAAGUCUAGGGGACGGAGAAGACUGGUUAAGUGGUACUUGACUUUAAAAAAAAAAAAAAAAA